AAUAAAUCUAAAAGAUCUUAUCAAUCAUUUAAUCAGAGACUUUUUUUAUACGCGUUUUCGAGAUACAUUAAUUAUAGAAGUAUAGAGACAGCAAGUUUGACACCUCGAUCUUGUGGCACCUGACACUUCGUUUAAUCUUUUUUCAGAAACUACUCCAGGUCAAAAAAAAAUAGAAAAACCCAGGGCAAUGGAAUUAUCAGAAAAUAUUAAUCCUGCUAUUCCUUUAUUGUCCGAAGGAUUUUUAGCUCAUUUCAUACCAACUUUAACGCAAGUUGAAGAACAAUUACGAGAAUUAGAAAGGAGACAAAAACUUCUCUUGGAAGAAAUGAAAACAACAAACACGAGAAUGGAAAAUCAAGAUAAUUACGAAUAUAUAGCGUUAAGUUUCUCGAAAAUUCCCCAAUAUCACGAAAAGCUUCAAUAUAUACGUAAUACUAUGAUAUCGAUGUUAUCACGUUCUAAAAAUUUAAACCAGCGAGUUUCUCAACUUAAAAUAAUGAAAGAGCAGCAAUUGGCACAAAUUGCUGAAAUACAAAAACGGGAAAGAAAUUUCGAUCAAACAGUUUUGGCUGCUAAAAUUGUGGAGAAUAAUCCUCCUCCUUCUGUUCCCAAAGCUGUUGUUGUUUCAACAAAAAUAUCCAAGAAAAAGAAAAAAGAUAAAACAAAAGAUAAAGGAAAAGGAAAGGAAAAAGUUGUUAGAAGAGAAAUUGAAUUUAGUUCGUCAUCGACUACGUCAGUUGUUGAAAGUAAAAUUGAAGUUACAAAAGAUACAUCUUUUGAAAAAACUGAAGGGUAAAUUAAAUAAUUUAUUCAAAUUUUAAAAAAUGUCUAAUGAUAUAAUAAAUUAUGUUAAAAUCUAUUUUGUAAAUUAAACUGCGCGCCAUUGAUAUUUGUUUUCGAGAAUGUAUAAUUUCCAAUACCCAAAUCUUCUCCUACGUCGUUGUAUAUAAAGUCAUUUGCACAUCUUUUAAAGUCAGUCCACAUUUCUCAUAAAAAGGAAUAUUUUUUUCGUUACAAUUCAAAAUUAACUUAUAACAUCCAAGUUCUUUGCCAAUAUGUUUAAGCUGAUCAAUAAUUCUAGAAUUGAAAAAUAUUUAGCAAGUUAAAUAGCAUAACAUAGAUUAUCAGAUUUCCUUACCUUCUCCCCAAACUUUUUCCUCU